UAAUAAUCGUGGGACGUUAACAAAAUUAGAACUUUCUCAACGCGUCCUUCGGUUGCACGUGUCAAGAGAUGAUAGGAAGACCGAAGGGGUAGAGGUCGAGGAGGUAUCGAGCAUUCUCGACUUCAUUCUUCUCGUCUCCUCUCUCUCUCUUUCUUCAAUCUCGACGGGGGAUUCAGUCUCGCAAUCUGGCAAGAAAAAUCCGACACCGAGCUCUCGUUAAAUCGUCAUCCUCUCCGCCGAAUCUAAUCUACCGCUGUGGGAAAUCGAAAUCUGUGACGAUUCUCAACGUCUCCCACUUCUCUCUCACAUCGAAACCUUCUCCUCCGAAACCAGGUUUAGUAUCUAUGGGAAGGUACAGCUACAGCCAACCUUCAAGCUCGGAUCCGUAUGGUGACAGGGCUGACAGUGGGUACAGCGAGACGGAGGAGUUAAUCCGUCGUGACCAAGCUGAAAUAAGCUUGAAUUAUGGUGAAGUGGCUACGUAUCCUCCGCAACCCGAGGUGGAGUUCGGUUUCCCACACACUUGUUACUGUGGUGGCCAACCACGUUUAGCAACAUCAAGAACAAGCACCGAUCCAGGGAGACUGUACUACACAUGCGACCACGUUGAUGACGGCGACUGCCAUGUAUGGAAGUGGUGGGACGUCGCCGUGAUGGAGGAGAUGAAGGCGAGGGAAAACCAGCUAUUUCUAUUAGAGGAAAAGGUAGAUAAUCUUAACUUAAUGUCUGACCUUGAGACAGAGGAGAAGCUAGUUAGACUAGAGAAGUUAGUUGAGGAGAAAUUAGCUAAGAAGAAAUCUACUGUUAUCGGUGGGGUUGAAGUAGUUAUUGGUGUAAUGCUCAUAGUUUUAGUUGUAAUAGGUCUGUUGAUCGCCUUUAAGUGAUGCAAGACGAUGGUUUGCGAGACUUGGCUAUGUUAUGUAAUGUCGUAUUAUCAUCUUCAACUUUCCUCUACGUGUUAUCAGCUUUGUAUCAAUGCUAUUUUGUAAGUCGUGUUUUAGUACUUUUGAAUCAAAGCUAUUUUGUUUCUUUCCUCUACAAAUCCCGUGAUCUUUAUAAACCCCAUACCCGUGACCUUUAUAAAACUCCUUACCCGUGAAUUAUAAUCCAAAACAUCAUGAAAAUCCAAAACAUCACUCAUACCCGUGAAUCCACCCCGUGUAUAAUUUGAAAAGAAACACAACACGGGAAGACAUAUGGUUCUCUAUAAAUAUGAGAGAACGUUCGAUCAUUCAACAUAUACUCAUUUCAAUUCUCUAAAGCAAUUUCAUCUACUCAUUUCAACACUAUAAUUUUUUUUCCCUAAAAAUGGCAUCUUCAUCUCAUUACCAUUACCACAAUAAUGAUGACAAUGAUGAUGAAUUUGAAUCAGUCUUUGAAGAUUUAUUAGAAAUCCCUGAUACUAUUCUGGAACCGAAAGAGCGGAAAAAACGUAUAUUUAUCGAGAGAGACCGGGAAGAAGGCCAUCGAAAGCUCUGGAAUGAUUAUUUUUCGGAAACUCCAACAUAUCCGCCCAAUAUAUUCCGGCGACGGUUUCGAAUGAGUAAGCCGUUGUUCAUGCGCAUUGUCCACCGUCUCUCUACGGAAGUUCACUAUUUUGCUCCUACACAAGAUGCACUUGGAAGGUCAAGUCUAUCACCGAUCCAAAAAUGCACGGCCGCAAUUCGUCAAUUAGCAUAUGGUGGUGGGGCCGAUACGGUAGACGAAUAUGUUCGACUUGGUGAAACAACAGCGCGGAAUUGCUUGCACCAAUUUACUGCCGCAAUUAUCGACUUGUUUGGCGAUGAAUACCUAAGACGUCCAACACCGGAGGAUCUUGAAAGACUACUACAUAAGGGAGAACAACGUGGAUUUCCCGGGAUGAUUGGAAGCAUCGACUGUAUGCACUGGGAGUGGAAGAAUUGCCCCACCGCUUGGCAUGGUAUGUAUUCACGAGGAACCGAUAAACCAACGAUUGUCCUCGAGGCCGUAGCUUCUUAUGACCUCUGGAUAUGGCAUGCAUUUUUUGGAGCUCCAGGUACUAUGAACGAUCUAAAUAUUCUUGAUCGAUCACCUGUUUUUGAUGACAUUAUUAACGGAGUUGCUCCGGAAGUCAACUUCCAUGUUAACGGAAGGGAGUACAAUUUGGCCUACUAUCUCACUGAUGGUAUUUAUCCAGAAUGGGCGACAUUUAUUCGAUCUAUCCGACUACCACAGGGUCCAAAACAUUCCCUAUUUGCUACAGCCCAAGAAUCAGUCCGAAAAGACGUUGAGCGUGCCUUUGGAGUCCUACAAGCUAGAUUCGCCGUUAUUAAAAAUCCAUCUAGUUUAUGGAAAAAAUCGAAGAUAGCCAAUAUUAUGAGAGCAUGUAUCAUACUCCAUAAUAUGAUUGUCGAAGAUGAACGACGUACAGACGAUCAAGAUGAGACGUUUCAAGAUCAGGAUGUUUCAUUUUGCGUUAAGAUGCCUACAGAGAUUUUUAGUUCACUUGAUCGUCGAGCAAGAGUUCGGGAUAGACCAGUCCAUCAACAAUUGAAACAUGAUUUGAUCGAACAUAUAUGGGAUAAAUUUGGACCUUAAAAUUAAAAUCGGUGACUUUUAUGUUAUUGUAAUUUUUUUUAACAGUAUCAGUAAUUUUUUUCCAACUUUGUAAUUUUUUUUUCUACUUUGUAAUUUUUUUUUUCAACUUUGUAAUAUUCAUAUGUUUAAUGUUAUAUGUUUUAUCAUAAAAUCCUACCAAACAAUUUACAAAAAAAACAAAAUUUAAUAUUUUGCUAAGAACCUACCAAAACUUCUACCAAUAAUCUUUACUUUUACUCAUGUAUCUUACCAAAAUCUCUUAACCUAAUUAUAUUAUUAAAGUAAUACUAAGAUAUGCAAUUGCAUAUCUAGCAAUGCUGAUGCCCUUACGUAAUUUUUUACUUUCCUUUUUUUCAACAAAACCUUAUUUUUUUCCUUUUUAUGUGUUUUUAGCUAAUUGACUCUAUAUAUAUAUAUAUAUACACAGUGACUGUUCAGGCCACAAACGCUAGAAUCUGCCUCACGAUGAAUUUGCCGGAUCAACAUCGGAGUUUAAAGCUGACGAUCCCCCAGUCAAGCAGAUCUCCAGGGCUGAUGCUUUUUCCGAGAGACGGUGGUUGUGUGCUGUACGACCCUAUAGAAGGCAAUAUCCAGACUAACCUGGGAGACUUUCCAGGGUGUAGAUUCCUGGCAAACUCGGGCAACUGGCUGUUGGUGUUAGAUUCUGGUUCCAAUUUAUAUAUCAUAGACGUGUGUAGUAAGGAAACGAUCCCUCUUCCGUCUCUAGAGUCGAUUGAGUCAGCUGAUUGUAUUGUCAAGCGCGUGGGAGAUAGAGAAUUUAUAAGGGAGGAGUCUGGCGCUAUUUACGGGGAUCUGAGUGCUGAUGUGGUGAGGGGACUUUUGUGGGUUUCGGAGAGUGGAAAAGAGUACGUCGUGGUGUGGUUGUUCGACCUCCCUGGACACUCUUACAUGAGCUUCUGCAAGAAUGGGGAUACUCAUUACACUGACAUUCCUCUCGUUUUCGAUGACUAUGCCUUUCACAAGUAUGAUGGCUUGUCGGAUAUGGUGCUAUGUGGUACCCGCCUCUACGUCUCAACAAGUCGUCGUUUUGUUCGAGUCUUUGAUCUGUCUGGACCGCAAGGUUUCUUCAAGGACAUUACCGGUCAAACACCAUUCCCAAUGCUUUCUCGUCAUGAUCAGAGGUACGAUUCUAGCAUUGCGGUUACAACAUCAUCAGGAGAGGUUUUGUUGGUUGAGAGUGAUCCAUCCAGUAGGACCUGGUUCCGCAUCUACAAGAAGGAUCCUGAUGUAGAAGAUCCAGAUCACGCCUGCCACACGGUUACUGAGGUACAUUCUCUUGGUGGUGAGGCACUGCUUCUUGACUUGGGUUUCACUGUGCCUGCUAACAAGGCCCUUGGUAUCAAACCUGACUCCAUCUAUUUCACCCGUCACUUUCGUCCCUGCCAUUGCUCACCUCGCGACCUUGACAUCUGCGUGUACAAUCUUGUAACCCAGUCCCUCCAUCGCUAUCACAAUCUUAACAAGAUGGAUCUCAUGGAUGCUCGAUGGUUUCUCCCUGGGAAUUAGUUCUUUCUUCUUGUGUUAUUUUCCUUUUAUUUUAUGCUUUUGAAAAAAAAAUUAUGAUGUUGACUUACUACUUCCCCUCUGUUUAGUUAACGAAACAUCAUAUCUUGCUGGACAUUUUGUUUACAUUAAGACGUAGUGAGUGGUGGAGAGAAUGAGAAUGGUGCCGGUCAUCAACAUACUUGUAUGAAUUAAAGAUAAAUAAAACCGGUUUAGUAGUUUACAAUUUGAUA